AUGGCCACACUCGGGCCAGCGGUAUCGAGCCUGCGAGCAUCGCUAGCACUGCUUGACUCCAGUAUCUCGAUCCUAGACGAAGGUGUUUCGGACUUUCCUCGAUUGCGGAAGGUUCUACAGACUCAGCAACACUUUGAGCUCGUGCCUGAAGCAGUCCUGAAACAAGCGCAACAAUCACUAGCGAAUGAGAUAUCUCCUGCAAUAGAGCAGUUGCUGUCCACAGCUGAAAGUCAUGUGGAUCAGCUUGCACGAAAAGAGCAAAGUCUGAAGGCCCGAUCUGAAUUGUUGGAAGGAAGACUUGGGUCACAGCGCAACUCAGCUGUUGGACAACCUGCUCGGGCUAGACCAAUGCCCACAAGUCAAGGUUCGAGCCUUACAGAUCCUAAAGCACUACAGAUGAAGAGACUUCAGCAGAAAAAAGAUCAACUGCAGUUUGCGAUCGAAAGACUGGAACUACAAGGCAAGCAGAAGGAGCGGGAGUUGAGGAAGAGUAUGGCAUUUGUUCGACAGGAGAACAACUGA